AGAGAGAGAGAGAGAGAGAGAUUCAGUCAAUAAUAAUAAUAUUAAUACAGAGAGAGUGAGAGAGAGAGAGGCGUCCAAACAAAUAGACAUUCAAUCAGUCAAUCAAUCAAUUAGUGAAUCACAAUAAACACAUCCAAUCGGUGGUGAAGACAUCGACAACAAUAUAACAAAACAACAAAUCAAUUGCAGAUCCAGUGGAUUGUGUUGUCAACAACUAUCACAGACAGCCGAUAGCUAUGCUUAAGUGGCCGACAAUUUUCGCUGCUGUCGUCGGUAUUACGCUGAUGGCCAGCAGCGCCGCGGCGGCUCAGGACACCAACAGCACCGAUUGUAAUCCAACAAACAUACCGGUAUUGACCGGUAAGAGUGGCAAUCUUAAGAUUCAAAUAUCACCCGAUAAAUGGCCGGGAAAGACAUGUCAGUGGAAUGUCAAUGUGACGGACGGUUUCUUGCAUUUGGAUAUCGAAGAACUGGUCAUUUCGGCUAACGAUACGCUAAAAGUUACCACAAUUGAUGGCAAAACAACAUUUUUCGAAAGUCGCGGUUCACUGCAUCCGGGAGUCAUAUUUAUCGGCAAUCAAAAACAGAUUCAGAUAAGCAUUAUCUUUACUAAUGAUAGCAACAACAACAGAGUAUGGGAUGUCAUGUACGGCAACGAUCAGACGGCCCAGUUGUUGAACAUUGCCGGCACCGGACGAUUCGUAUUUCCCUAUACUUAUCAAAACAGCGAUUUCAAGGAUAUUAGCUUUUCGUUGACAUUGCGUACCAAAUAUAACAAUAAGAAACUGUUGAUGAAUAUGGAACCGCCGCAUGAUUUCAAUGACACCUUAUUUUCAUUUGACAAAGUGGACAAAUAUACAAACCAAAAUCUAACCGGUACAACAUAUCCCGAUUUUUUGUUGUCGACUGACCAACAAAUCAAUAUAAAAAUAUCGAAAUACUCGAAAUCGGCCGCCGAAACGAAAAACUAUACGUUUCACUAUGAAUUGGUGGACUCCAUAUGCAGCAGCUAUAAGAAACUAACCGAUUUGGACAAAAACAAAACUGUCGACAUUAUGAACUUACCGACCACUGUACAGUUGCAGUCCCUGUCCUCCUAUCGGUGUUUGCGAAUCUACGAACAUGAAAAUCAAGACUCAAAGUUACUGUUGGACUUAAGUGGCUUUAAAUUUGUCAACACUGAAGAUAUUAUUACCGUAUUGGACGGCAAUACCGCCAAUAGUCAGCCAUUGGCAGUUAUCGACAGUCAUUUUGUGAACAUUUACUGGAGUGACCAGUAUUUGUAUUCAUCGGCAAACAAACUGUGGAUUUUGUAUGACUCGCCUCAAGUUAUCAAUACAGUUAGACAACCGUUAAAUGUUAUCGGAAUACAAGCCCUAUCUCAAGGUGGAAGUUAUCAAUUUCCCAAAAACGAUACAUUAAAACAAAUAGUAUACAAGACAUCGAAAACAGUUUUAUUACCCGUCACCUAUUUGUUCAAUGGAAAUGUCAACCAACAGUUGGCCAUUGAUUUUGAUGAAAAAAAACCAUUGCCCGGAACUGCAAACAAGUUAUUUAUGCAGAUUUUUGAUGAAACCGGAAGAAAUGGUAAACCAAUUAUUGAAUUAAUUGGCGGCAGUUAUCCACCAGAUAUUAUGGCUGUCAAUGGAAUGCAAUUGAAGAUUGUGUUCAAUCAAAAUGUCACCGAAGAUUUCAAACUAAAUGUAAUUCAAGUGCCGAAAGGUUGUUACUCGACAGUUACCGGCAAUUCAGCGGCUUAUAGUCUGUCCGGUUGUCAGACAAUGUGUUCGUGGCUGAUCCCCAAACGAGCCGAUUCUGUGGGCACUUUUGUAUUUCAAUUUUCUCAUCUAAAUCUACCCAAAGAUUCUGAUGUCAUUGAAUUGGUUGAGUUGGGCACUAAAGAUCCUUUUAAGAUUAUUGAUCUCAAAGGUUCAUUACAGUCGACCACAUUUCCCGAUAUGAAUCUCGAUUCCCGACAGACCUAUGCUUUGACUGUUAGGAGAGUGUGCGACAAGAGUUCAAUUGAUGGAUCGCAACUGUUAGGUGUUUCCGUUAUUUUUAUUGACAAAAAUUUAAACCAAAACAACAUUACAUUCAACAAUGAAACUGUCAAUAGUAUAAUACAGACAUCAAACUAUCCUAACUAUUAUCCAUUAGGAAGCGAUAGUCACUGGUUUAUUAACGGAACAGUCGGUACGGGCGUUGAUUUAGUUUUCAUUACAUUUACCGAUUUUGAUAUCAAUUCGGGCAACGAGUUGUUUAUUAUGUCGCCAAUGAAAAGCAAUAUUAGUGUUCCAUCGAAAUUGUCGCAAAUACCCGACUAUUUGCUUCAAAUGCCCGUAUUUAUCGACUUAAACUCACAGCUGAUUAGCAGCAAAAGUGAUCCGUUCAGUGGUCGCGGUUUUAAUGCCAGAAUUCAAGCUCUGAAAUGUGGCGGCAUUUAUGAGGUGAGUUCGAAGGCCACUACAAAUAUAACGACACCGUCAACAUUGGCCGGUGUCCCGCAAUGCGUUUGGAUGAUAACAACCGAUAAUCCCAGCAAAGGAAUCAAUGUUAUGUCAUUUGAGUUGAUCCGCGGCGAAGGAUUUGAUGACAAAAAUCUCAAAAUUUACGACUCGAACAAUACUAGAGAUCUGAUUGAAGUGAAUCAAACACUUUUCAAGACAUGGAAAGACAACUUCUAUAAUACAUCUGUCAAUACAAUGAUUAUUGUCUAUAUCAUUGACCCGAAAAAGCCAGCACCGCUUACCAUUAAAGUCACUCAAACAGCGUGCGACAGACUAUGCCAUAACAAUGAACGGUGUUUUCUGCCACAGUUUCAGUGCAACGGCCACAACGAUUGCGGCGACUUUACCGAUGAAUUCUACUGUAACCGCACUGUACCACCUGUUCCACCGGCACCUGUCUAUACUAGUACAGGAGUAAAUGGAUGGGUCGUAACUCUGGUCAUCUGUCCUCUAAUGGUAGGACUGGGCGUUUUGGGAACUCUAUACGGACCUCAAGUUUUGAAUCGUUUCGGACGCGGCAGAUAUCAAGAGUUUCACGAUUUUUCGGCUGUUUCAUAGAUCUGAUGGGUAACUCUUGAUGAUGUUUAUUAUAUGAAGCACUUUUGUUGGCCAUUAAUUAAUUGAAAUAUAAUUUUUAAAUAUUUAAUUAAUUUCAAUUACAAUUGUUAUUAUAAUUAUCAAUGAUUAAUUAUAUAUAUAUAUAUAUAUAUAUA